AUCGAUAGCUUGGAAAAUAAAAUAUUAAUUUUUAUUUUAUUAUUAAUUUUUCGGACGAUUACUCUCAAAACAGUUCGAAUGUAUCAAUGAAAAUUUAUUCAAAGACAUAUUCUUUUCGGAUUGUUGACCAGCCAUCGAUCAUCUCUUAACACUUGACAAACGACAGAUUCGAUGAUGAAUUAGUUUGAAAGCGUCACUGCUGUUACUAGAACGAGCUUGUCACUGCCAGUAAAGAACUACCGCGAACAUUUCAAAAAAAGUGGAGGAAUAUCGCUUAUCAGUGUAAUAACGUGAGUAGUGUUUAUUCAAGGAGUUGUCAAAGAUACGCAGCUUUUAAUCUAAUAUGUAGCGUGUUCAUUAAUUUACUACUUAUAAACGAGUAUAGACUUGUCUCUCGUGUAUGUUUUUUCAGGUGUAUCUCAAUUAUGAUUGCAAAAACGUGAACAAGAAUACCGGUUCUCUAUUUCUCAAUGAAAAAGUAAUACUUCUAAUCAAAUCACGAGAGCCACUCAUAUCUGCUCGAAACCCUUUAUGCGUAUCAGCUAUAAAAAAUUUUUAGUAGAAGGCCACGAUAAGAGAACGAGCGAGAAAAGCUUGAUAAGCUACGCGAUUUUCGCUUGUGUAUUAUCAUUGUAGACUUGAGCUUUGAGUCGGACCUUCCGGAUCCAGUUUUUAAGACGUAUGAUAAGAACAAUAAGCGAUGUGCGUUAGUGCGUGUAUGUGUAUAUACAUACAUACAUACAUAUACAUAUAUAUGUACGUGUAUGUUUGUGUGCGUGUGUGUAUAUAUAUACACACACACACGUAUGUACAUGUAUAUAUACAUAUUCACUGCGGUUUUCUUUUUGAGCGAGCGAGCAUGGGGUCGGUGAUCGCGAAGAGAAUGCUGUAGGGACGCAGGUUGAACGGCUGCGAAAUGCGUCGCUGAGAGGUUCGAUGAGGCAAGAGAGGAGAAAAGAGAGAAAGAGAGGAGGCCAGAGAGGAGAGACCGGCUUUUAUAAUGGCGAAGCAGCUAUGCGGGUAACCGAGUAAAAGUAUGAACGUGCAGCGGGCCAAGUGGUGUAUCCAAAGGAACGGGGUGAUCGUAAAGUGAGGAUGAGGGUUGGGGAGGGGAGGGGAGGGGAGGGGAGAGGAAAAAUAUCGGAUUUACUUUCGUGCGGGUUCAUCCUUCUUCGAUAAUGAAUUCGAUCAUUGAUCUAGAACCCAAUAAAUUUAAACGAAAUCUUUCCUACGUACUUUUCCUUUCUAGGGUUGGAUGACAGGGACACGUGAAUGAGCGUAAUAAGGACAUUAGGUUCUUUUUGGGUUUCAGUGCGGACGCUGGACGUAGCGGCGACGAAAUGAAGCAUGCAGCAUGCGUGGUAGCGGUGUCACGGCUGCGCGGUCUUGCCUUCAACCUCUGGUGUCCGCCAGCCGCUACCUCGCUGUACACGCCCUUCCUGGUGAUCCUCUUUACUUCGUCGUCGAGGCUAAGUCAAGAGUGAAGGAGGUAUACGCGCAGACAUGUAUGCUUCUCGGUCAGCAGGGCAUGCGAGACUGCGAACUCUUCGGGCUGGCCAUAUUAUCCGAUGGCGAAUACCUUUUCGUGGACCCCGAUAAUAAAUUGAGCAAGUACGCGCCGAAGAAUUGGCGAAAUUCGCACACUUACGGUUUGGACAGCAGCGGAAGACCCGCUUUUAUACUUUACUUUCGUGUUCGUUACUACGUCGAUACGCCGUUGCUGUUAAGCGAUGAAACUACGCGACAUCACUACUACCUGCAGCUACGGGACAACGUCGUUAGACAUGGCGGCGGAGUGGAGAGUCUUCAUCCUCACCAUCCCCUUCACGAACCUUCGAUCGUUACGCCAUUGCUCACGCUCGCUGGGCUCGCCCUCCAGGCCGACCUUGGCGAUUACUCCGAAGAACGACACAGACCGCACGCUGGAUCCGUCGGCUAUUGCAAGCCCACGGAUUAUCUUCCUCCUCACAUGUGCCUCGAGUCGAGCGUACUCGCCGUCCUCGCAGCUCAACACAGAGAUAAUCGUGGCCUCUCGAGGGAGGAGGCAGAACUCCAAUACAUCCGGGAGGCGUUGUUGUUGGAGGCGCCGCUCAACGCUCACCUAUAUCGGUUGCGAAGAAGCAAAAACGAGGCUGGUCCAGGAAGGAUACUCCUCGCGAUUUGCGCUCGCGGUGUGCGAGUCUACGCCGAGGAGGAGACACCACGUAUCUUUGCCUGGAACAAUAUCGGCAAGCUGUGCUUCGACCGAAAGAAGUUCGAAAUACGUGCGGUCGAUCAACCGGACAAACUCACUCUCUACAGUGGUUGCGAUGACAAGAGCAAGUUACUCUUGGGAUUAUGCCGAGACACUCAUCAGUUUUCCAUGGCUAUAGCACCCAGAGUAAAUGAAGCGAAAAGAAGAGAAGAGGAAGGUAUGUCUCGUCAUAUUUGUAUGAUGUUUGACGAUGAUUUCAAUUUUGUUGGAUCGUUUAUCACGAAUAAUUCAUUGAAUAUUUCAGAGAGAAAAGUGUUGAGGGAUUGUUACAUGUACCCUGCCCGUUGCAAAUUGAGCUUAACGACGCGUGGAGCACGUGGCGAUCAACGAAUAUCCGUUAUCUCGAGCACUUCGUCAAAUACAACCUCUGGUAUAGUCAGCGAUCGAGUUCACAGCGAAGAUGAGCCAGAUACAGCGCCAGCUUCGACUGAAUGCUUGCCUCGCCUCACCGAAAAUAGUUCUCAUCCGAGUAUUCAAACUGGAAUACCCAAUGGUAACGAAACGAACACAGGUGAUCGUUCAGUACCAUCUCCGCCAAUGUCUAUCGUUGAUGAAGUCGAUGGUGCCGAAACUACGCCUUCAUCAGCAUUACGACUUGUUUCGAGUACAAACACUGUGGCUGAUGGUUCUCAGUGCAGCAGUAGUUGUAGUACAGUGGUCGUUGCAAAUGCACCUAAUAAUGGAGUUCAAAGAAUGCGUCGAGCUUCGGCCACAUCGAGUUUGGAGCUCGGUUAUUCUCAUACGGCUCAGAAUUCGGCUGUUUCUUCUGAAACUGCUAGUUUCCCGGGUGCUAUCUACGACAGAUGCAGAAAGACUGGUAAAUAUACAGGUACAGACAUCGCCAGUGAAACGAGUGGUGUAUACACCUUGAGAAGUAGCGAGAUGCAGGACGAAAGAAUCGGCGAUAUUUAUUCGCCGACCAGUGGUACCAAUGAAUCCUCUGCGGCCAGCGACGUUUGCGCAUUGAGUUCCGUUCAAUCCACGACCGACGAGGCUUCCGUCACUUCAGGAUUUUACACGAUUCAUAGCGGUUUAAGAUCUGAAACGAGCGAUAUUUAUACGGACGAUAUCGGAACGGAAGAUCAAGAACCCAUUUACAGUCUUUGCAAAGGCGACGAAGAAGUUGAUAACGUAGUGUCGCUCGAUGGGAAACUCGAAGAUUCGAGAUCACGAAGCAACAGUAUAAUAAGCACGGGAAGUUUUAGAGGAGACGGUAGUGAUCCUUCGAACGUUGGACCAUUGUUAUCUGCCGAUGAACUUUCCGAUUUAAUAGUGGGACGUUAUCCACCUCGCAAAACCAUCAGUAACUCGAUGGAUUCCGAUUGUGACUAUGUCACUAUGCCACCUCCACCUCCGCCACCUAGAACUGACAGUGACAGACAGCUGCCACCUCCUCCUCCUUACCCGGUAACGAUGGAUUAUUCGUCUAUACACUCGCCAAGAUCCAAAAUACCGAACGUCGAACGAGAACCACCACCCCCACCACCAUACAACGCCAGUCGAGCUGACUUCACGGGUUUAACUUUAAGAAUGCCUAUGAUACCACCUCCUACACCGCCCAGAAACGACGCGGUGACGCCGAGAGAACCACCACCACCUCCGCCACCUUAUCCCGAGAUGUCUGACAACAGCAGGCAGGAAACGAUCUCCACUCUCUAUCCUACAGCAGUCGACGAGGACAUCGUUUCUCGAAUUGCUUCGUCGAAAAUGAAUGCAGUUAUCACUGGGAGCCAUCCAAAUCUUUCGUGUAACGCAGGAAUUACCGAAGUACCGCUGAUCAUUCCAAAAGCUCCGCCUAGAAUACAACCGCCUACAUAUCCGGGUGAUAAGAUGAAACCUACACCGGUACACGCACCUGUCGCUGCUCUCGUGGUCGGUCCUAACAACUAUCUGGACGUUCAUGCUUCUCGCAGUGGUCCGGUAUUGCUACCCUACUUAGGUUCGCCGCCACCGCCACCGCCGCCACCACCUCCACCACCAUCUCCUCCACCACCCAUGCUACAUCCUAGACAACCACCGCCGCCACCACCUAGUUUAGCCACCGUUUACACCAGCCAAGUGGCUAGAUCACAAAUCGAACAGUACAAACAACAACUCUACUCGGACGUCGAUUACGUGAUGUUCCCGUUGAAGGAUCCAGCAGUUUCGAAGCAAGAGUACAUCGACGCCAAACAGGGAUCUCUAUUAGCUGCUAUGGCUGCUUAUCCACCUCCGCCUUAUCCCUCGUUCAACAACAAAUCAGCGAUCAUGUAUCGUAGUACUCCCUACCUCCCUGGCUCCUCUUUCUCGUCACCAACGAAAUACGCUUCCAAUCAAAAUCUCAGCACCAGCGACAAUAGUUCGAAUAGUUACUUACUACACAAUAGCUUGAGCAGCCCUUACGCUGCCAGUACGAGCUCCUUAUACAGCGGUGUCACGUGUUCCUCGACUGGUAGUCAGAGUCUCAGAAGAGAACUACCGACACUCGCUCAUCCUCACACUCUGCACGCGUUCUCUAGAACAAAGAGUGACGAGAAUAUCUUGAAAUGCUUCGAUUCUCCGUCAGGAACAAAGAUGAAAUCUUUACCACAUGCCAAGCAACAUCGUAGAUUGCCACCACCACCUCCACCGCCACCGUACGAGAUACAAAGUCUUGAUAAAAAUCAACCGUUACCAUCGUGCCCUGAAAACGUCGCAUUAAAAAAAAUAAUCAAGCCAUCGGCCGAAGAAGAACCCGAAGCUGGAAAGGAAGAUGGAAUGUUGGAUAUACGAACGUUGCGUGAGAAGAGUCGGAACUUGGAUCUUCCAUUGAUAUCUGCUCUAUGCAACGAUCGCUAUUUGUUAAAGCAGACUAAAGCAUUCGUGAUGCCGAAACAUCCUAGCGAAUCGAACUCGUCUGCUCUUGCUAAAAGCACUUCCAGAAAUGCCAAUGGAAUGGGAUCUUCCAAUAGAAAUAAAUACCCCGUAAGUGGAUUAUCAACGACACAGAUAACGAAACCACCGAGAAAGUCAUCGACGAGUACUCACAAACAUCCGGCUGAACCGAAGGGAAACGCUUAUAAGGUGAACACAACGUUGUCUGGGAAGAAAGAUUCCUCAAAAACGCCUCACUCGUAAUAUAAAACGCAUUUCAAUGGAUUAUCUUAUCUGUGACGUCUAGAGUAUCUUAUAACAAAUGAAUGAUCAUGUACCUUUGUCGUGUGUUGCCUCUGUGUUAUUGUUAAGUUUUUACGUGAACUACAGGACAUCCUGAAUCACGAAAGGCCAAUAUUAAAAUACUUCCAACGCUCAGGGUGCCAACCUCGAUGUGUACUUCGUUGACGUUUCACUCGGUAAUCCUAAAAGCGAAGAGAUAUUUUCUAUCUACGCAUAUUACCUAAUUUUUAGAAUUUACAUACAAGCAGUACAAGGCCUCGUCAUUAUUGUACAUUACUCGUUACGAUCUUUAUCUCUCUCUCUCUCCCUCUCUUUUUUUUUCUCUCUCUCUCUCUCUCUCUCUCUCUCUCUCUCUCUCUCUCUUUCUCUCUCUCUCUCUUUCUCACACACACGAAUUCGAUGUUU